AUGUACAGAGCCUGCCAAGCCAUCAAGAAUAUCACUACCUCUGCCGGAAAACAAAUCGCCGUCGCAUACGUCACGAAGACCGACACUUGGGAACGCACGUUUCUUUCCCAGACCAUCCAAAACGAGUUCACUACGGUUGCUGAAAAGUACAAAGACACUCUGAAGCCCGAGACCGUCAAAGUGGCCAUGAAGGAGGCGGAGCAUCCGAGCCAAAGCGAUCCCGCAAGGCAUUUCACCGUAUUCGAGCUCGACAAGGAUGAAAAAGUCGUUGCAUCGAAGCACUACUAUAAGUGA